AUGCCCAAAGUCAUAAUCACCCCCUGGAGGGAUGAGUCGGAGUUGCUUGAUGUGAGGUCUAAAUUCUAUCCUCCUUCAUCGGCAUCGCCGUCUCCUCCCUUGUUGGCAGAUCAGCGAUCUGAUGCAUGUCGAAUCGUCGAAGCCUGGAAACUGCGCGGCCAUCUCCCGCACGCUGUGGAAGCCACAGCUUUGCUGACUGAUGCCAUCUUACACGAUGACUCAACCCACAAUUCCGUCUUCUCAAUCAGAGCUACCUAUGCCGCCGCCUUUUCGCGGUUUGUUACGGGCCUCGUAGACACGAAGCUAGGUAGCGGUGGUGGAGGAGGUACGAUGUUCAAUCGUGCCUCGAUGAUUGGCCUGCCGCUCUCUUUUGUGGAGUUGAGGCAUGAGACGGCGCAUCGCGAGUUGCCGUCGCUGGUUUUGUUGAGGGGUUAUACGAAUCGCGCCUUGGAGUGGUUGUGGGAUUAUUAUUGGGUGAGGAUUGAUCAGAGCGCAUCUUUUUCUGUAAAGACAGGGGAGGAUGGGUUGAGGGGACGGGUCAAAGUGUUGCUGCAGCAGUUUUGGCAACAGGCACGAUCGGACAACUCCAGAAAAAGGGUUAGGUCUUUGGCUACGUCUGUCUCGCAGUCAUUGGGUUCGAUUUGCAAGAGCGAUGUCGAGGGAGCCAAGGUUAUAUGCAGGGUUUUACUUGAGGAUGGAUUCCUUGUUCCAGAAAACAGGCAUCUCGCAAGUUCAAUAGAAACUAUAUUCUCGACAUGGGACUCGGUCUUGCAGCCGAUAACAGAUUCAUCCAAAACAUUCCUAACCAUCCUCACCGAAGAAAUGGCAAAACAGUUAUCGAACAAAUCUAACACUCCGGCAACAACAGAAGAUCCUUACCUAGAAGGUGUCUAUUUGUGGUUAGAACAUAUACUGACCUCGGAAACUUGGAUACAAUAUAAACGAUUUCUGUGUUCGACGCCUUAUCUGCGGUUUGCAUGCGAGGAAUGGUCCAAUCACUGGACUAACAUGCUUGCAAAGAUUAUUGCGCAGGAAGCUGAGAGUUCACAAAUUUAUGAUUCACUACCAAUUCAGUCUGUGCCUUCUAUCGACGGUUCUGUGGAACCCCCCCUCGCAGACGAUCUUCAAGCCUCUGGAUGGUCGUACUGA